GGAAAUUGAAAGUGGCAUCUCAAAUUCUGAGCCAACAACCAAUACAAAUGUUAAAAUCAUUGCCCCAUUAUCAUGACUCGGUCAAUUCACACCUAUAAUGACGACUAUCCCUGAAAAUUAUCCGGCCCCGUUUCAUCCAAAGACCGCAACAACCCACCAGUAAAGUCCCCAUCGUCCAAACUUGGUAGUCGACACUGCUCAAUAUCAUGAAUUCUAAUCGAGGAACUAUGAACCUCCCCGCAUCUGCUCGAAUCCCCAUUGCAUUUGCUGGACAAAUCAGCAAACAAGCUCAAAAGACCCUUGAUGAGGUUGAGCGCUUUGUCCAGGAGAAAUGCAUCCCAGCCGAUGCGGUCUUCGCUCAGAUGCUGGGUAAAAAGCCGAACGAACGCUUCGCCGCUCAUCCCCAAAUUCUUGAGGACCUCAAAGAUGAAGCGAAGAGUAGGGGGUUAUGGAACUUGUUUCUGCCAAAAAGUCAAUAUGCAGAGGGCAGCGGUUACAGCAAUCUUGAGUAUGGUUUGAUGGCUGAGCAGUUGGGUAAGAGCCAAAUCGCAAGCGAGACCAUGAACUGUUCGGCUCCGGAUACUGGUAACAUGGAGGUGUUGGCAAAGUUCGGUAAUGCUGCACAGAAGAAAGAAUGGCUUGAGCCUCUGCUAGCGGGCAAUAUUCGUUCGGCCUUUUUGAUGACUGAACCUGAUGUCGCUUCCAGUGAUGCCACCAACAUUCAGUUCGAGAUGAAGCGGGAUGGAGACUCGUUCAUUCUAAACGGAAGUAAAUGGUGGAGCAGCGGCGCAGGCGACCCUAGAUGCGAGCUCUACAUCGUCAUGGGCAAAACCGACGUAUCAAAUCCCGAUACUCAUCGACAACAAUCCGUCUUCCUUGUGCCUGCAAGAACUCCGGGUAUUACAGUUCACCGUAUGCUCUCAGUAUUCGGCUACGACGAUGCCCCCCACGGUCAUGGACAUAUCUCCUUCAAAGAUGUUCGUGUCCCGGCAUCCAGCCUUGUCCUGGGAGAAGGACGAGGAUUCGAGAUUAUACAAGGAAGAUUGGGUCCUGGCAGAAUUCAUCACACUAUGCGGUGCAUCGGUGCGGCUGAACGAACCCUCGAUUUGAUUCUUGGUCGUAUUCAUGACCCAUCUAAAACACCCUUCGGAAAGAUGCUCCACGAACAUGGCCAUGUCACUACACAAAUUGCAAAGGCUCGACUUGACAUCGACGCAUCCAGACUAGUCGUCCUGAACGCAGCUGUCAAGAUCGACAAAACAGACGCCAAGUUGGCUCUGAGAGAAAUCUCGGAAGCCAAGAUCCUCGUGCCUUCGAUGCUUUGUCGCAUUCUUGAUAGUGCCAUUCAAUUAUACGGAGGCGCUGGUGUUAGUCAAGACACGCCAUUGGCGUGCAUGUGGGCAAGUGCUCGGACUAUGAGGAUCGUAGAUGGUCCAGAUGAAGUGCAUAUGCUACAAUUAGGAAGAAGGGAGAGCCGACGGGCAGGAUCUGUCAGAGCUAGGCUGCAAGCCCAAAAGGAGCUGGAAGAGAAGCUGUUUCAGCUGUAUAAUUUACAAAAGGUUGAUUCAUUACAGAUGGACUGGACCAGUGAAACAAAACCGAAGCUCUAGUGGGUAAAGAUAGGUGCAAAUCCCAUGGCAAACUAGACUAGAAUGAAUUGAGGGGACGAAUUAGACAAGCG